UGUCGACAAUAGCAUGGCUCUCCAUAAAGACGAACUGUAAGCCUCAUUAAAAACGAUGUUGACGGAAAUUCUUGGUCCUCUCCAACAAGCAGGACAAGGCCGAUCUUCAAGUCGCUGCUUUAACUGCAACAGAGAAGGACAUCUGUCGCGGAAAUAUCGGUUGCCCUGUCGAUUGUGUGGUGCUGGUGAACAUCGCUCUAACACGUGUCCCAGAAGGUUUGAAGAAACGAAUCAGACACAGCAACCAACACGCAUACUACAACGCGAGCGCCAAACCACUGAACAGGCGGAUUUUCAGAGCGGCCGUCAGUGAAGACAGGUCAGACGGCCGAAACUCAACAAAAUCAUGUCAAUUGUCUACAAGAACACCAUGCAUCGGAUGUUCUUGCCAUCACUCGCGGAAAUAAGCGCACCCACGAAUCGGAUGCUGCUAUGGAACUCGAUAACCAAAAUC